AAUCACUUAUGUAACACCUAGAAGAACCACAGUCCUUCUGGAUUCUACGCUAAGUGGAAUGAAGAACAUUUGCAAGGACCAAAGCCCUUCCAGAUUGUAAGAUGGCUGAUUUUGCAGGUUGUUCUCAUCUAAUCCAGGAGCACUGGGAUCAGCUUGUGCACUGGCUCAAACCGUGUCCAGCUCCUCUGCUCCAUUGGCUUCAUGUCUCUGGCAUCAUCACCCAGCUGGAGUAUUUCUCCUUGCUGGAGAUCAGUUCCAGGAAGAACCAGGUCAUUUUCAUUCUGGAGAAGGUCAGCCACAAGCCAACAGAAAGCCAAAUAUUCCUGGAGAAGCUGAAGGAACUGCAGGAGAUCUACAGCCCCAAUCUUCAGCACUGGCUGCAAGAGAAUGUGUCUAAGCCAAGCAAAGCAGAACCUUUUCUAAUUCUGCCAGAUAUGCAAAAGAACAACAGCUCAACUUUCCGGAGGGGCUUGAAUCAACAAAGCAAAGCUGCCCUGCAAAGCCACCGUCGCUUGUUGCUGACCCAGACUGAGAAGCUGCGCACCAACGUGGAAGAUACUGAGCCAAGCCAAAGUCCUGAAGUCUACUACCCUGACCUCCUGCUCCUCAACAGGCCCUAUUCCAGCCCUACCAGCCAUGACUACUUGCAGCUGGCCUCUCAUCGGGCAUGGCUCCAUUCCUUCCAUGCCUCUUCCCGCCUGGACCUGUGUCAACUUUUCUCUCCUCUUCCCCAGGACAGCUCCCCACCUCAUCGUGUGAUGCUGAGUGGCCCUGCUGGCAUCGGCAAGACUGUCACUGUCCAGAAGAUCCUCCAUUACUGGGCACUGGGCACAGCCUUCCAAGGCUUUCUUUGUGUCCUGGAUUUUUCCUUCCAGGAGCUCAGUCUCAUCACCACAACCCAGAGUUUAGAAGAGCUGAUCUGCCGUAAGUUCACACACCUGAGCAGGGUUCUCCCUGCACUGCUGGAGCGACCGAGGGAGCUCCUCCUGAUUUUGGAUGGACUGGAUGAGUUCAGGCAUCCACUGGACAGCAAACAUCCCUGCCUCUGGGCAUAUGAGUCAGCCCAUGUGAAAGAUCUGGUGUGUGGUCUCCUCUAUGGGACCUUGCUUCCUGAGUCCACCAUUUUGGUCACAUCCAGGUCUUCCAUUACCCUUCCAUCAGAUCUUUUUAACCAUCAUGUUUUCAUCCUUGGUUUACAAGAAGCACAGGUGAAGGACUAUUUCUCCAAGUUCUUCCAGAGCCCCGAACAUGGCAUGGAAGUGAUGAGCUACAUCUCAACCCACCACGGUUUAGUCAACUUUACCUUCAUUCCUCUCUACUGCUUCAUCCUCUGUACAGUUCUGGGGCAAUACUUCCCAGAUGGAGGGGUGAACCAGGCCUCCCCACCCAGCUCCAUCACUGAGAUCUAUCUCCUUUAUGUGUGCACCAUUCUGCAGUUGCACAAGCCUCCAUCUCAACAACAAGAACCAGUGAAGUGUGAUCUAGGGAGGGACAAAGACUUGUUACUGCAGCUUGGUCAGCUUGCCUAUGCUGGUCUGCUGAGGGGACAGACUGUGUUCUAUGUUGAUGAACUACAGGAGUUUGGUUUUGAUCCACAGAACCUUCCAUCUGCUUACCUGAAUCAGAUUUUCUUCAAGGAGACCAAUGAAGUCUACAGCUUCUUCCACUUGACCAUACAGGAGUUUUUGGCUGCUUUAUACUCAGUGGUUAUCUUGGACUUCAAUGCUGGGGAGUUAACCUCUUGUCUGGAUCUCUGGUGGAAUGGAAAAACUCUAGAAGAUGGAGAUACCAGUAGUCUUUUGUACCCAGCAGGGGAAUCUGCUGGUGGACUUUACAGUUAUACCUUGCAAUUCCUGAAUAGACACCCACAGUGGGACAAAUUGCAAAUGUUUUCCAGGUUUUUCAUGGGGUUGUUGACCUCUAGACUGGAAGGCAAGCUGGAAGGAUUGGUUGGGAGUUUGACAGAGGAACCAGUCAUGCUUUUGGCAGACUGGUUUGGGAAGAAGGUUUCAUAUGAAUCAGGUCAGAGGUUGCUGUCCUUGAUACAUUGCUUAGCAGAGCUGCACCAGGACGAUGUGACCCAGAAGGUAGCUUGCAAGAUGGAUGAGGUGGAUCUUUUCAAGGUGACAUUGAACUUAGCUGAUUGUGCAGCCUUGGGAUAUGUACUGAGUUGCUCAGAGUCUCAGGUGCUCCAGAAUCUCAACUUAAGUUACACCAAUAUGGGCACUGGAGGACUGAAGCAGUUGCAGGAGCAUCUCCAUCGCUGCAAAACUUUGCAAUUGCAAUACAACUCUCUAGACUCGGAAACAGCAGCAAUGGAAGCAGCCAUUCUAAGGUCCCCCCAGUGCCAUCUGAAAAAACUGAUGCUUUGUGGAAACCGCCUGAGAUCCGAUGGGGCAAGUUUCUUAUGGAGUGCCCUUCGCGAUAACACCACCCUAGAAGAACUUCACUUGGACAUUACAGACAUUACGGACAGAGGUCUCAAUAACAUUUUGGAUUCUCUAUCAGGAAAUACAACACUCAGGCUCCUAAGUGUUAUAGGGAACAGGCUUAGCCAAGCAGGCCAACGUAUCCUCUGGGAGUUGCAUCGCAGAAAACCCGAACUUAAGAUUGUCAGCAAUUUCCUGUCCGAUAUGGGUUUGCUCCAGACAUAUCUGGAUUGGGUGGAAGAGAUCAAAGUUGAGCCCAGGCAAAUGGAGUCUGUCAAGAAAGUUGGUGCACUGGACAUGAUUCUGGAAACGUUGAUGGGCACAGAUGAUUCAGAAGCUAGCCAGGAAGCUCAGGAAAAGGCUGCACAGCUAAAGAAACAGAUCUAUGCUCUCCUGAAAGAGAAGGGAGAAGAAGAAAAGAAGAGCAACAAAGCCUAUUUAAUCUGAUCUGUAAACUGGGACAAUUUUUGUGAGCCAAAGGAUACCAUCUCACAGGAGUAUUUCUUGCCUCUUCAGCUUAACCCCAUCCAUGUUUUUCAUUAAAUAGGACAAUAUUCCUUUCCUUAGCUCUUGAAUAAUAGCAAUAUAGGGACGAUCACUUACAUCAGGUUGAAUUAUUUGUCUAAAUAACCAAGAACGACCUACUCAGCAGAUCUUCAAAGUCUCAAGAAAAGAAUGCUUAUAUUGCCUCCUAGCAGUAUCUUU